AUGCCCCUCCGAGUCAAUAUCCCUCCGGCCACUCGCGCCGUCCUCGUCAGCCUGUUGGCUCUCUCCCUCCUCUACAAUAUCGCCAGAUGGCGCCAACUUGACACCUCCGUCGGCAGCGUCCAAACCAGCCCCAUCAUUCCCUACCUCACCCUCGUUCCCUCUCUCUUCUAUUACUACCCCUGGACCCUGCUCACGGCUACCUUUGUGGAGCAGAAUAUCUUUACCGUCUCUCUAAAUGCUGCCACGAUCUUCUAUGGAGGGAAAUACCUCGAGCGCGCGUGGGGGUCUCGCGAAUUCAGCAAGUUCAUCAUCGCCGUCGCCCUGAUCCCAAAUGUCGUGAUUGUUCCGUUUUAUCUGAUCUGGGGUGCCAUCACUGGCUCCUCAACCAGAGCUCUCACCCAGAUCUGCGGCGGCGUCGCCAUUCAAGCUUCUUUCCUUGUCGCCUUCAAGCAACUCGUUCCCGAACACACGGUCGCCAUUUUCAAGGGCUUGGUCAAGAUGCGCGUCAAGCAUUUCCCUGCUCUAUUCCUCCUCCUCAACACCAUCAGCGGCAUCAUCAUUGGAACCGAUACCGCCGCCGUCUUGGCCUGGCUAGGCCUCCUAUCCAGCUGGACCUACCUCCGCUUCUAUAAGCGACAGCCUGAUCUCACCGGCACCUCCACCAAUGGCUUUGGUAUCAAAGGUGAUGCCAGCGAGACCUUUGCCUUUGCCUGCCUAUUCCCCGACGUGAUGCAGCCCCCUAUUGCAUUUGUCGCCGAUCAGAUCUACGCCCUGCUGGUCGCAGUGAAACUCCUGACACCCUUCUCGGAGGAUGAGAUCGCCUCGGGAAACCAACAGGUGCUGGCUCGUGGUGAAGCUGGACUCCCCACACUCCUCAGCAACCAGCGUGGAGGAGCGCGGGGUUCCGGUAAGCGGGAGGAGGCUGAGCGGAGGCGUGCUCUGGCACUCAAGGCUCUGGACCAGCGACUACAGGCGGCGGCGGGCGGACGAGUCCAUGCCGGCCCGUCAACAUUAGGAGAGCCCUCUUCACAGCACCACCCCACGACGCCGACGCCGUCGGCACCCACUGGGCAAGGUAUGCUGGGAGAGACCAGCUAUAACCCUGAUCAUGCAUGA